UUCACGGCUUUUCUGCUGCGUUCUCUUGACCCGAAGUCCACAGUAGCAAUUUUAAUGGUAAAUACGGCUGAUGUUUAUUGACAGGAGAGGGUACCCGCGGAGGGGCCCCGAAGCAGCUGGACCGGCGAUGCUGCGCCUCCCGCAGAGGUGGUGCGCUCCGGGCUUGUCUAGUCCAGCCCUGCAGGGCUGACUCUGAGCUUCCCACAGCUGCGCAAGACUGUUAAGAGCCUCCACGAUGCUGCCGCUGCCGUCGCUCCGCCGAUCCCUGCUGUCCCACGCCUGGAGGGGCGCUGGACUGCGAUGGAGGAGCACCUCCUCUCUGAAGGUGGCCAACGAGCCCAUCUUAGCAUUCUCUCAAGGCAGCCCCGAGCGGGAUGCACUGCAGAAGGCUCUGAAGGACUUGAAGGGCCAGACGGAAGCCAUCCCCUGCGUUGUCGGGGACGAGGAGGUGUGGACUUCCGAUAUACAGUACCAGCUGUCGCCCUUUAACCAUGGACACAAGGUGGCCAAGUUCUGCUAUGCCGACAAGGCCUUGCUCAACAGAGCCAUCAAUGCUGCCUUGGCUGCCAGGAAAGAGUGGGACCUGAAGCCAGUGGCAGACCGGGCCCAGGUCUUCCUGAAGGCGGCGGAUAUGCUGAGCGGGCCCCGAAGGGCUGAAGUCCUUGCCAAGACCAUGGUGGGACAGGGCAAGACCGUGAUCCAAGCGGAGAUCGAUGCUGCAGCUGAACUCAUCGACUUCUUCAGGUUCAACGCCAAGUUCGCCGUGGAACUGGAGGAGGAGCAACCCAUCAGCGUGCCACCCAGCACCAACCACGCGGUGUACCGGGGACUGGAGGGCUUCGUGGCGGCCAUCUCUCCCUUCAACUUCACCGCGAUCGGAGGCAACCUGGCAGGCGCUCCUGCCUUAAUGGGCAACGUGGUUCUGUGGAAGCCCAGUGACACUGCCAUGCUGGCUAGCUACGCUGUCUACCGCAUCCUCCGGGAGGCCGGCUUGCCCCCCAACGUAAUCCAGUUUGUGCCAGCCGAUGGGCCAACCUUCGGGGACACGGUCACCAGCUCAGAGCAUCUCUGUGGUAUCAACUUUACAGGCAGCGUCCCCACCUUCAAACACCUGUGGAAGCAGGUGGCCCAGAACCUGGACCGGUUCCGUACCUUCCCACGCCUGGCUGGAGAGUGCGGCGGGAAGAAUUUCCAUUUCGUGCACAGCUCGGCCGACGUGGACAGCGUGGUGAGCGGGACGCUGCGCUCGGCCUUCGAGUACGGUGGCCAGAAGUGCUCAGCCUGCUCGCGCCUCUACGUGCCUCAGUCGCUGUGGCCGCAGAUCAAAGGGCGACUGCUGGAGGAACACAGCAGGAUCAAAGUGGGGGAUCCUGCAGAGGACUUUGGGACCUUCUUCUCCGCAGUGAUUGAUGCCAAGGCUUUUGCUCGAAUUAAGAAAUGGUUGGAGCAUGCACGUUCCUCGCCCAGUCUCAGCAUCCUGGCAGGGGGGCAGUGUAACGAGUCAGUGGGUUACUACGUGGAGCCGUGUAUCAUUGAGAGCAAGGACCCACAGGAACCCAUCAUGAAGGAGGAGAUCUUUGGUCCUGUGCUGACAGUGUAUGUGUACCCAGAUGAUAAAUACAGAGAGACGCUGCAGCUGGUCGACAGCACUACCAGCUAUGGCCUCACGGGGGCAGUGUUCGCCCAGGAUAAAGCGAUUGUCCAGGAAGCCACGAGGAUGCUAAGGAACGCUGCUGGCAACUUCUACAUCAACGAUAAGUCUACUGGGUCCGUGGUGGGCCAGCAGCCCUUCGGGGGCGCCCGGGCCUCAGGAACCAAUGACAAGCCAGGAGGUCCCCACUACAUCUUACGCUGGACAUCACCCCAGGUCAUCAAGGAGACUCAUAAGCCCCUGGGGGACUGGCGAUACUCCUACAUGCAGUGAGCCUGGGCCAGCAGCUCUGUUGGGAAGCAGAUGUCCAUCCAGAUGACAUCACUGCACUGACCCCGGCUCCCCACCAGCUCCUCCUGGACUCUUCUACAGCUGAGCCGGACCCUGUCCUGGCCACUGGGUGCCUGUCCUCGGAAUCAGGUGCCCAGGCUUUGGGUCAUAUUGGGGAGGAUCAGCCAAUCCACCCAGAAUUCUCAUCCUCUGCGGAACGCCCUGGUACCUGGCGGGUUCCCCGCCUGUCUGUUUUUCUCUCUUCAUCCUGGGCCCGGUGACUCAGAGGGCCUGAGAACCAAAAGGGAUAUUCUCAGGACCCUGUCCGGGAAGGAGACAGCUCUGGUGUCCUACAGCCUCACCUCACCACUCAAAGACUCCUGACCUCGGCCUUGUCCCCUACACAUGUCCAGUGAGAUAGGACCUCAGCCAGAUGGCUGCAGGGACACCAGCUGGCCUUGCCCCUUGGUCUGUGCUAGCUCCUCCUGCAGGGACUUGUAUCCAGCCAUAUGCCUUAGUCCCAUGUGCCUUCCUCCAGGGUGCUCGUGUACCCCUGAGCCUUCAUCCCUCCUGGCCACCUGCUGGGAGUGACCAGUGGUGGUCAUCCCAUACAGGCUGAGUCUGGGAAACCUCGAGGCAGGCCUCCAGUCCAUACUCUUGUGGGAUGGAUGCAACCAGCCCAGUGGUAGCCAGGGAGAGCUCCUGCUUAGGACCUGGAUGAUCAGAUGUUUCUAGUGGCUUGAGAGCACACAUGUCUUUUUAAGGACAUUUGCUUGGGGUCCACAUGGAGCUGGUAUAGCUGUCACCAAGGGCUGCCCCCCGCCACACUGAAGGGUGAGGUACCAGUACCAGGGCCAGCUCUGCCUUCUGCUUCCUUUCAGGGUCCAUGUCGCUUCCCAGGGAGCAGGACUCGACUGCAAAUGUCCUUGUUCUGUAGUUCUACACUGUGAUGGGGUGGGGCUACUGCCGCCUGAGAAAAAAAUGCCAGAUAUCUACUCAAAGUGGCCAUGGAGGGAGGGGAGAGAAGGGCAGACUGGUUUCUCAUUCCUAAUCUAAUGAACUGCCAGCGUCUUGUCACGUGGUCCUGUGUGGUGUCAUGGGAGGGAGCCCAGUGGGUAGGUUUAGAAAUGGCUUUCUGUCCUGCCUCCCCUCCCAGGUGGUCAUCAAAAAAAAAAAAAAAUCAUGUAAUUUCUCCAACCUUCCAUGUCUAAAAUGGUGACGAUUCCAUCAUAUGUAUGGAGGACCAGUGGGCUAAUCCCUGUGGAUUUCAGACAAAUGAUCAGAAAUAUCACCCGUUCGUUUGUUCUCCUACCCAUAUGUGUGCUGUGGUGGCGGAUCUUAUGUGUCAGCCUUGCUGGGCCAUGGUCCCCAAAGACCUGGUCAGCCACUGUGGAAGUUUCUAUGACGGGCAGUAAACACAUGGACACUUA